GUCAAACUUUAACCGUUGUGGUGUAAACAGCUCAACAAAUCAAUAACAAAAAUGAAAUUCUUCGCUGCUGUCUCCUUCGCCUUGUUGGCUUUCGCUGCUGCUGAUGUCUCGCAUCUCGGCGGUGGCUACAAUUAUCCUGCACCAGUGCAUGAGGCAGUGAAAUCGGAACCAAUUGCUCCACAGAACACCUACAUACCUCCACCACCACCACCACAAAACACUUACCUCCCACCUGCACCAGUCCAGGAAGCUGUUCUCUCUGAACCAAUUGCACCACCACAAAACACCUAUAUCCCACCACCGGCAGCUCCACAAAACACCUACAUUCCACCUGCACCAGUACAGGAAGCCGUUCUCUCUGAACCAAUUGCUCCACAGAACACCUAUUUGCCUCCAUCAUCUCCGUCUGGUUAUCGCUACAAGACCGUUCGUCGUGUUGUCUACAGACGUCGUUUCUAAAAGGUGAUAUCUAUACGAGUAUAUGAUGGUUCCGUUCCCGUUUGACUAUUGUUGAUUAUUAUUGUUGUUAGCUAAUUUUGUUAUGAAAAAUAUGUGUAUCUGAAAAUGAUUGAGUUUCAAAUAGAAAUGAUUGUAUGAAUUGAAAAUUUAA